CGAGAGCGCCGAGCACAGUUGGCCCGGCAAGCGCGUGCAGAAGCGGAUGCGCCGCGCGUUGGACUCGUCGGCCGCCGUAGCCCCUGCUAGGACAGCCCGUACGAGUCCGCUGGAGGAGGAAGAGAAAGGCAGAGAGAAUCGGGUUACAAGAUGGCGGAUCUGUAGUGGUUACCGCGGCGGCGGCUGCGGCGGGAGAGCAAGCGAGCUCUGGGGGGCAAAGGGAGGGGAGGGUGGGCGUGUGCGGGGGUGAAGUGAGAGGUAGCAGGGACUUCAGGCGGUGGGGUCUUGGUGGCUCUUGUCACACCUUCCCGCGGCUGAACCCCUGGAGCCAUGGUGAACUCGGGCCUCUCCGGAGCCGCCGCCGCCGCUGCCGCCACCGCCGCUACCGUCUCUUAAAGAGUGAGGGGCGCGGACGAGGCGAGCGAGGAGGCGGCGGCUAGAGCGGCGGGGGCAGCAGCCACCAUGUCGGAUACGCGGCGGCGAGUGAAGGUGUAUACUCUGAACGAAGACCGGCAAUGGGACGACCGAGGCACCGGGCACGUCUCCUCCACUUACGUGGAGGAGCUCAAGGGGAUGUCGCUGCUGGUUCGGGCCGAGUCCGACGGAUCACUACUCUUGGAAUCAAAGAUAAAUCCAAACACUGCAUAUCAGAAACAACAGGACACAUUAAUUGUGUGGUCAGAAGCUGAAAACUAUGAUCUGGCUCUAAGUUUUCAGGAGAAAGCUGGCUGUGAUGAGAUUUGGGAAAAAAUCUGUCAGGUUCAAGGUAAGGAUCCCUCAGUGGAAGUCACCCAGGACCUCAUUGAUGAAUCAGAAGAGGAACGCUUUGAAGAAAUGCCGGAAACCAGCCAUCUGAUUGACCUGCCCACGUGUGAACUCAAUAAACUUGAAGAGAUAGCUGACUUAGUUACCUCAGUUCUCUCCUCGCCUAUCCGUAGAGAAAAGCUGGCUCUGGCCUUGGAAAAUGAAGGCUAUAUUAAAAAACUACUGCAGCUGUUCCAAGCGUGUGAGAACCUAGAAAACACUGAAGGCUUACACCAUUUGUAUGAAAUUAUUAGAGGAAUCUUAUUCCUAAAUAAGGCAACUCUGUUUGAGGUAAUGUUUUCUGAUGAGUGUAUCAUGGAUGUCGUGGGAUGCCUUGAAUACGACCCUGCUUUGGCUCAGCCAAAAAGGCAUAGAGAGUUCUUGACCAAAACUGCAAAGUUUAAGGAAGUUAUACCAAUAACAGACUCUGAACUAAGGCAAAAGAUACAUCAGACUUACAGGGUACAGUACAUUCAGGACAUCAUUUUGCCUACACCAUCCGUUUUUGAAGAGAAUUUUCUUUCUACUCUUACGUCUUUUAUUUUCUUCAACAAAGUUGAGAUAGUCAGCAUGUUGCAGGAAGAUGAGAAGUUUUUGUCUGAAGUUUUUGCACAGUUAACAGAUGAGGCUACAGAUGAUGAUAAACGGCGUGAAUUGGUUAAUUUUUUCAAGGAAUUCUGUGCAUUUUCUCAGACAUUACAACCUCAAAACAGGGAUGCAUUUUUCAAAACUUUGGCGAAAUUGGGGAUUCUUCCUGCUCUUGAAAUUGUGAUGGGCAUGGAUGAUUUGCAAGUCAGAUCAGCUGCUACAGAUAUAUUUUCUUAUCUUGUGGAGUUUAGCCCAUCUAUGGUCCGAGAGUUUGUAAUGCAAGAAGCCCAGCAGAGUGAUGACGAUAUCCUUCUCAUUAAUGUAAUAAUUGAACAAAUGAUCUGUGACACUGAUCCUGAGCUAGGAGGCGCUGUUCAACUAAUGGGACUUCUGCGAACUCUCAUUGAUCCAGAGAACAUGCUGGCUACAACUAAUAAAACUGAAAAAAGUGAAUUUCUAAAUUUCUUCUACAACCAUUGUAUGCAUGUCCUCACAGCACCACUUUUGGCCAAUACAUCAGAAGACAAAUGUGAGAAGGAUAAUAUAGUUGGAUCUAACAAAAACAACACAAUUUGUCCAGAUAAUUAUCAAACAGCACAGCUGCUUGCCUUAAUUUUAGAGUUACUCACAUUUUGUGUGGAACAUCACACAUAUCACAUAAAAAACUACAUUAUGAACAAAGACUUGCUAAGAAGAGUCUUGGUCUUGAUGAAUUCGAAGCACACGUUCCUAGCUUUGUGUGCCCUUCGCUUUAUGAGGCGGAUAAUUGGCCUGAAAGACGAAUUCUAUAACCGUUACAUCACCAAGGGAAAUCUUUUUGAGCCAGUUAUAAACGCUCUUCUGGAUAACGGGACUCGGUACAAUCUGUUGAAUUCAGCUGUGGUCGAGUUGUUUGAAUUUAUAAGAGUGGAAGAUAUCAAGUCUCUUACUGCCCAUAUAGUUGAAAACUUUUAUAAGGCACUUGAAUCGAUUGAAUAUGUUCAGACAUUCAAAGGAUUGAAGACUAAAUAUGAGCAAGAGAAAGACAGACAAAAUCAGAAACUCAACAGUGUCCCGUCUAUAUUGCGUAGUAACAGAUUUCGCAGAGAUGCAAAAGCCUUGGAAGAGGACGAAGAAAUGUGGUUUAAUGAAGAUGAGGAGGAGGAAGGCAAAGCAGUCGUGGCACCAGUGGAGAAAUCUAAGCCAGAAGAUGAUUUUCCAGAUAGUUACGAAAAAUUCAUGGAGACUAAAAAAGCAAAGGAAAGUGAAGACAAGGAAAACCUCCCCAAAAGGACGUCUUCUGGUGGCUUCAAAUUUACUUUCUCCCACUCCGCCAGUGCUGCUAAUGGAACAAACAGUACGAACAGUAAAUCUGUAGUGGCUCAAACAUCACCAGCAAGUUCUAAUGGAUCUUCUUCCAAAACCACAAAUCUGGCUGCGUCAGUAACAGCCACCAAGAUACUUUAUUAAGAAUGAGCAGAAUCAAGUACAAACAGAAGCACAUUUUUCACCCUUUUUGACACUAAUAGAAACUUGAAUGCAUCUGUUCUGCAUCUUUUGGGAGAGUGGAGAGAAAACCGGUGUUUCUUGGAAAACAAAGUACUUGCUCACACUGUAACAGCGUUUGAAAUUCGGCAAGAUGGGGUUCACAGAAGGGGAGCACUGAUCUGAUUGACUCUAAGUCGUCGUCCACAAACCAGCUGCGUUUCUCCGUUUCUCCGUGGUGGAAAGCUCUUCCUAGCCAGUGGCCUUUUAGUUUAUCAGCUUCACCAUCAGUUUGGAUUACUUCGGUCAACUUGAUUGGUUCUAAAGAAAAUUAAAUAGACCAGGUGGGAACUUGUUCGCCUUUGUUUUCCUUUGCAAGGCAUCCUAAAGCUCUAAUGUGCUACCAGAAAUACUUUUUAAAAGAUGAGCAUGCUGUAAAGAUGCAAAAUACUACUUUAGUUGUAUAGGUGGAAAACAUGUGCGUUUACUAGGAGAAAAAAAUACUUAGAAGGUCUGAAUGAGAUCAGCGGAUGCUUAAAAUAAACACUUCUUUUGCCGCAUAUUCACCAAAGAAAACCCUGCAUCUUUUUCUCUAAAAUUUAUUCUGGCACGCUUUCCAUAUCAGGACAUAAAAAUCUUUUUGCAUAGUAUUACAGUGUAAGAAUAACCUUUAAUUUAUAACUAGCCCUACUGAUGGACAUGGACGUUUUUUCCAGUUUUUUGCGGUUAUAAUCUUUGUCAUAGUCCAUGACCUUCUGCAUAUGUUAUUUCCCAUGUGUAUUUCUGUGUAGAAUGCUCAUCAUAAUUUUGGUAAUUAUUUCUAAAUAUAACCACUCAGUAAAAUAGGAAUAAAUGCAUAAUUUCUUAAAAUGAUACAUAUGUCUCAUGCUGAAAGCUAGCUCUGUGAGGGUAUUAGAAAUAUUCCCUCUAAAGACAGCCUGCCACCUUCCUGUUGCUGUUGAACCAUUGCUCUGGGGUAUUGGCCAAGGCAGUCAGGAGAGAUAAAGAAGUGAAAGCUGUAACAGUUGGGAAUUAGCUGGAAAACCUGUCACUUUUUCCUGUGAUUUUUUAAAAGUCACCAAAAAUCGUGUUUAGGGGCGAUCUACCUAGUCCUUAUUUCUUUGAUUAAGGAAUGAUUCUUAGCUUUAUUAACAUAAUGCAUUACAGUUGCCAAAUUUUGAAACUUCCUUCCGUACUCCAGCUCUGCUUGGUUGUAAUUUGUCAGUUUAUUGGUUGGUUGGUUUUUAAAAACAGUGUUGUAGUCUUUGCGUGGGUUUUUGUUGUUACCAUUGGUUUGACCCCUUCUUUCAUAAUGGACACCUUCAAGUGUCAUAGUGAGCUUUAGAUUUUCUUUCAUAUUAAAAAAUGAGGCAGGUUUUCAACAAGGGUGCCAAGAACGAAGAAUGAAUAGCCAUUUCAACAGGCAGUGCUAGGCCAGCUGGAUGUCCUACACGCAGCAGAAUGAUGUUGGAUUCCUGUCUCACAUCAUAUACAGAAUUUAACUCAAAAUGGAUGAAAACAGUUGUGAAUCUUCCUGACGUUGGAUUAGGCAGCGAUUCUAAGACGGCAAAGCACAACCAACAAAAGAAAA